GGCAUCAGUUACUUGUUCAGUUUUGGUAAAGCAACAGUAAAACACAAAGAAAAAACUUAAAGAAUCAUGAGUUCCAUUAAAAUUCUCAUCACAUUCGCUAUUCUUGCUGGCAUUGCAAAUGCUCACUCAGCAGUAAGCUAUGUAAGCAGACAGGAUGGAGGAUUAAAUCAUCACGACUACCAUCAUCAUUCAGCACCAUUGUUAAUUUCUUCACCUGUUGUAUAUGGAGCUCAUGCUGCGCCAAUUGAACACAGCUGGAAUCCAAUUUAUUCUUCAGGUUAUGCUCCACAUUAUCACAAGGAUUAUCAUCAUUAUCCAAAAUACAACUUUGAAUAUGGCGUUAAGGAUGCUCAUACAGGUGAUCACAAAAGCCAAUGGGAAGCUCGUGAUGGAGAUGUUGUUAAGGGAGAAUACACAUUAGAUGAAGCUGAUGGUACAAAGCGUGUCGUCUCAUACACUGCAAGUGAUAAGACCGGAUUCAAUGCUGUUGUUAAGAAGAUUGGUCAUGCUCAUCAUUACCAACCAUACGCUCAGCAACAUGCUUAUGGCCAUGCUUACGCUCCAAGUGCUUAUGGAUAUCAUCAUUAAAAGAUCAGUAUUAGUGUGGAUCAAUCGAUGGACUAAGAAUGAAAAGUAUUGUUUGUG